AUGACUGUUAAGAGAUAUCAAGUCAGCGAUUUUCGUGGCUGUCAAGCGGCGUUAAGAAGCUCACCAACUCGUUUUUGCUGUUCAAUGUCUUCAAACCCUAGCUGGUGGCCGUAUCGUAUUCCUGUAGACGAAGCGCUCAAGAAGAGUACUGUAUUAGUCAUCGGGGUUGUCGUUGGAGCGAAUGUGGUGUCGUACUAUUGGAAACCUAUGCGGGCAAGGGGAUUCCUUUCUUCUACCUGUGAAAUACGCUUUCCGAGUCUGCUAUUGAAGCGCUACGUUUCUUCUGUAGACCCAUGGAGUACGACGAGGCACUUGAUCGAGGAAAGCUUGAACUAUUGCGUAAAUAUAAGGCGUUGCAUGAUGAGCGGCUCGCAAAAUCUCAGAAACAACUCUGACGUUUCAGGAGGGGACAGGCGGGAUUCUAAAGAGUCCCAAGGAAGCGACCACUAUGGUAGCGAUGGCGAUCUUCGGUCGACACUAUUCAAAAAAGUUUUCAAAAUGUAUAAACGACGAGUUCCACCGCCAGAUUUGAGUGGUGUUCUUGGUCAGUUGUAA